UAUAUUAGUCACUAAUUGUCACUUUAUGUUUAUGGCAAGCAAUGAAAGUUGUGUACGGGACAAAACUUGGCAAACAUAUCAUAAAUAAGUGAUCAUUAUCUUCUAAAAUAGUUAUAACAGCGUUAUAAUUAUUUUGUACGAUGUGGACCACUAAAACAUUUCUAACCAAAACAAAGCGCGGCAAUAUAAUAAAAAUUGUAAGAGAACAUUAUUUACGAGAUGAUUUACUGUGUGGAUCUGCUGCGUGUAACACAUGUCCUCAUAAAGAUGACGAGUUUGUGUUAGACGGUAAACCGAAGUCAAUAUGCACAUUGUUCUCGUAUCCUCACUACCUGAUCCUCGACACGAAUGUAGUGCUUCAUCAGAUCGACGUUCUAGAAGAAGACGCAUUAUCUAACGUUAUUAUACUACAAACUGUGUUGGAAGAAGUGAAACAUCAAAACACUGCGAUAUACCAGAGACUGUUGGAGAUCAUAGCUAACAAGAAACGAAAGUUUUAUUCCUUCGUUAAUGAACACCAUAAGGAUACCUACAUAGAGAGGAAUCCAGGUGAAAAACAAAAUGAUCGUAAUGACAGAGCAAUCCGUAAGGCAGCGGUUUGGUAUGAGACACAUUUGAGUAUCAACAGUGUUGUGGGACAGUUCCCGAAGAUUGUGUUACUCACUGAUGAUGAGAACAACAGGAAGAUUGCUCAGGAAGAGGGCAUAGUCUGUUGUUCUAUCAAGGAUUACGUUGAAAAUGUGACUGGCUUCAUAGGCCUUCUAGAUAAACUGUCAAAGAAUGUGGCACCAGAGGCUUGUUCAAAGGAUGCUCUGUAUCCUGCUCAUUUGACUCCGGCUCAGAUCCAUGAAGGUAUAAGGGGAGGGAAACUUCAUCAAGGUACUUUCAGAGCUUCUCGGGAUAAUUUCUUGGAAGGCACUGCUGUUAUCAAUGGAUUUGAGAAACCUGUAAGUAUUUUAUUUGUAAAGUGA